CGGAUGAACACAUUUGUUUACAUUGUAGUGCGUCCUGCUCUGCGCGAGCGCGGUUUCAGUAGCGCGAGGCAGCGCGAGCUGCGUGUGAAGCUGUUCCUGCCGCUCCUGCGACUCAAAUCUCUCUUCGGGAAAGUUUUCCGUUAAACGAACUCAAUUCCGCAACAUGCAGGAAUCCAAGACAGAUCAAGCAGCCAACAGUACUCCAGCUGGCCAGGAUCGGGUGAGCUUGGGUGUGGAGCAAGUGACCAAUGAGAUACCAGUAAAAACGUCUACGCCCAGUACACACCUGAUACAACAGGCACUUCAAGUUGCUCAACAACAACAGCAACAGCAGAGUGGGGAGAAGUCCCAGAAGAGCGUGGAGAAGGAGCCAGGUACCCAGGUGCCUGUUUCGCUGACCAUGGUGCCCCAUCAGGUGAUCACGCCUCAGCAGAUGCAGCAGAUCCUUCAGCAGCAAGUCCUAAACCCACAACAGCUCCAGCUGCUGUUACAGCAACAACAGGCUCUGAUGUUGCAGCAGCAACAGCUCCAGGAGUUCUAUAAGAAGCAGCAGGACGACCUCCGACUUCAGCUCCUUCAGCAGCAGCACACCGGCAAACCCAGCAAAGAGCAGCAGAUGCUUGCCCAGCAGAUGGCUGUCCAGCAGCAGCUUCUUUCUCUUCAGCAGCAGCAUCUGCAGAGGCAAGGACUACUGACCCUCCCGGCCACACCGCUCACCUCACUGCCCCAGAGUCUGAUUCCUGCAGAGCUCCAGCAGUUGUGGAAAGAUGUGACCGAGGUUAGAUCAGAAGAAAACAGCAGUGGUGACAAAUCGCCCUCUUCUUCUAAAACGCCUGUCCUUAACCAGCACCCCAGUACCAAUGGACACCACACACCCCGGCCAAUCAGGAGAGAGAGUUCACAGGAGGCUCAGAGCAAUCACCCUCUCUAUAGCCACGGUGUGUGUAAGUGGCCUGGCUGUGAGGCUGUGUUAGGAGACUUCCAGUCGUUCCUCAAGCAUUUAAACAGUGAGCAUGCACUGGAUGAUAAGAGCACAGCUCAAUGCAGAGUUCAGAUGCAGGUUGUUCAACAGCUUGAACUGCAGCUAGCAAAAGACAAAGAACGUCUCCAGGCCAUGAUGGCCCACCUCCAUGUCAAAUCUACUGAGCCUAAACCAACUCCCCAGCCAGUGAAUUUGGUUUCCAACCUCACACUGGCUAAGGCCACUGCUCCCAAGCCUACUCCCUCCAUGAGCCUUUCACAAAGUGCCACGGCACCAUCAACACCUCUCACACCACUCCCUCAGACUCCCAGUGUCAUCAUCCCCAGCAGCAUGAAUGCCGUGGGGCCCGUCCGCAAGCGCUAUUCUGACAAAUGCAACCUGGCCAUGGACCAAGACAUUGUGCAGAAUAAGGAGUUCUACUUGAGCACUGAGGUCAGACCCCCGUUCACAUACGCAGCGUUGAUAAGGCAGGCGAUUUUCGAGUCCCCAGAAAAGCAGCUAACACUAAACGAAAUCUACAAUUGGUUCACUCGGACCUUUGCAUAUUUCAGACGCAAUGCAGCAACGUGGAAGAACGCAGUACGGCAUAACCUCAGUCUCCACAAGUGCUUUGUAAGAGUGGAGAAUGUGAAAGGAGCUGUUUGGACUGUGGAUGAACUGGAGUUUCAGAAGAGAAGACCUCAGAAGAUCACUGGAUCGCCCUCUCUGGUAAAAAACAUCCAGUCAAGUCUCGGCCAGAGUCCUGCUCUGUCUGCUCUGCAAGCAGUGAUGGCAGACAGCAGCUUGCCAUUGUACGGUUCUGCCUCUGUAGGAAGCUCCAGCCUCAAGGCUCUGGCCAGCAUAAUGCAUGAAGAAGUAAGUCAUGAGCAUGAUGAUGGAUCUCAAAGUGACUCCAGCCUUGAUCUGUCUCCUGUGUCUGCUCUACAACAUCCUGGAUUUAAAGUGCAGCAGAUGGAGAGGGAGUACUUGGAAAGCUCCAUGUCUCCAGAAAUGGAAGAUGACCACAGCCCCGAUAUCGAUCACGACAUGGAUUACCCCGAGGAGCACGAGCCACACUCCGCUCGUCCCACUGCUUUUUCUUGAAUCCGGGCCAUUCCACAGCCACUUAACCAGCUAAUCAGUGUACCAGCAGACUCUGAGAACGUCCACAUACUCCACUUGGGAACAAACUAUUUAUUCUUGGAGCUACCUGUCAUUGUUUUUAUAUGCAGGGGAACGACCUCGACGGUACUAAAGGGCUCCUCUGUGUCGAGCUCGUACACAUAACGUGUGGCCCAUAGACUAGCAGAGGAUGUUCAGGGCUAUUCAGCUGUUGCUUACGUGUCUUGAGUCUACAUUUAAAAAAAUAAAAUAAAUAAGCACUACACACUACCUAGAUGCAAAACCUAAUCACUGUAAUCAGGUGAUUUUUAUGUUAUGAUUAUCGCAGAUACUAUUUUUGACACUAGAAGCACCUAGGACCAGACUUUGUUGAGUUUUACUGUAGUAUGUGUAGGAACUCUGGGAACUUUGAUUCACCCUGCGUAUGAGUCGUCUCGCGUCUGCUAAACUGUUUUUAAUCACCACUGCCUCAAAAUGAUGCGGUUAGUCACCAUAUUGAGUCACAUUUGACUGAAAGUAUGUGCCUGCCCAUUAACGAUAGGUCUGCUCACUGAAAUUGUGAAUGUUUUUGAUUUUUGCUUUCUGUUUUUUUUUUUUUCUAGUAGAACCAAAACCAAAGGGGAACAUUUUAUAACCAGCACUUGAUGAUUGAUUUCUUUUUUUGUGGUAAUUAUUAGCAUUUUUAUUUUUUUCCACUUGUUUGUAUAGAAUGUUAAAAUAUGAAAUGACAGAAACAUCCCAACAGAAUGUUCUACUGGUGGAGUUACAGUGAUUUAAAGCUAAUAUUUCAGAAUUUGUGCUGAACAUCGUUUUUGUCGAGAUUUUCAGUAGAUGUUGUUCCCCUGCUAUAGAUAUCAGCAACAGUUACCAAAGAUUGUAAAUUGCUUUUUAUGAUAUGUACUUUGUUUACAUGGUCCCUUUUGAUAUACCCACAGCUGAAAUGUUUGCCUUACAGAUAAGUCAGGACUCAGUGGACUGUGCUGUGUCCUUAACGUUGCAUGGAAUGUGUAAUGUUUAAACCUGAUUGGACAUAAAGUAUGAGGAAAAAAAAGAAUCAAAAGUCUCAUCUUUUCUCAAACUUUAAGUGUGACAUUGUUAAAGCCUUACCAUAGCUGUCUGCUGCAUAGCAUUCACAGAGUUUAGGUCUCCUGGUAUAAAGCAGUGGUGAUUGUUGUGUCUUGUGGUCUCAGCGUUCAGUCUGGGUAUGGUAGUGAGAGACGAACAUUUGUUCCGUCUGUAGGUUUUCAGUCAUCCAGGUCAUUUUAAGUGUCUUGCAGUAGUAAGUCUAUACUGGUGGACUUUUUAUAACCUUGAGACUUCUUUUAGAUUAUGAUACACACUUGAAGUGCCUUCACUUACUUCACCUGAAAAUUUGUAAUAAAAAUGAAAAACCCAGCAUUUUCAGCCCUGGUUUACUUAUUC